AGCGUCUCUGUCCUGUAACAGAUCAUCUGCUCCAGGAGAAGUAGGGCUGGGCGAUUGCUCAGGCAACGACUGGCUUUCCGUACUGAGCAGCCCACGAGUCUGAGUGGAAGUGUCAGUGACCUCGGGAAGCUUGGUGAGACCCGGAGUUCGACUCAAGGGUUUCCCAUUAAUCCUUCCGGCUUCCUCUAGCUCCGCGCACUCAGGUUCCGUCUAAGCCAGGGUCCGGGCCAGGGUGUGUCCCGGCGCUCGGCCAGAGACGGCCGAAUCCCCGUAUGUGAACUGGACAUGAUCACCCAGUUGGAGGAAGAACAACUAUACAUACUGGAUCUUCAGGGAACUGAAGACGGAACUGACCAGAAAUAUCUGUUUAGAUAGGGAAGAUUUGAACUGAACCGAAGCAUCACCACCAAUCAGGCUGUCUUGGAAGAACUAGAGUUUCAGAGUCAGCAAUGGAAAGUCUUCGAGGGAAUACUGCCCAGCAUCCUAUGGAUGAAGAAGCCUGUAAAAGUAAGGGCCAGUUAUCAAGGCAGACAAAAUGUCCUGUACAGAAGAAAUCUUCUUUUGAGAAAACAGCAAUCAGAAAAGUGUCAGUGUCUCUCAAGGAGAUUUUCACUAAGGAAAGAGGCCCUGAAUCCAGGAAAUUUAAUCUAAGCUCAAAAUUUAAUACACGGCAGAGAAUUCCAAAGGGAGCUAGGUCCCCCAAAUCUAGGAAAAACUCCAAAGAUAAUUCAGACUUAAUUAAACACCAAAAACUCUUUCUGCAAAGGAAGCCUUGUAAAUGCAAUGAAUGUGGUAAAGCCUUUAGUUAUGAAUCAGACCUCAUUGUCCACAGGAGAAUUCAUGGCGGAGAAAAGCCUUUUGAAUGCAAUGAAUGUGGGAAAACUUUUAGCCGAAGUACACACCUUAUUGAGCAUCAAAGAACUCACACUGGAGAGAAACCUUACGAAUGCUCUGAAUGUGGAAAAGCUUUUAGCCGGAGUACACACCUUAGUCUACAUCAGAGGAUCCAUACUGGAGAAAAACCAUAUGAAUGUAGUGAAUGUGGAAAAGCCUUUAGCCGAAGCACUAACCUUAGUCAACAUCAGCGAACUCAUACUCAAGAAAAACCUUACAAGUGUAAUGAAUGUGGGAAAGCCUUCAGUGACCGUUCAACUAUAAUUCAGCACAAACGAAUACACACUGGAGAGAAUCCCUAUGAAUGCAGUGAAUGUGGAAAAGCUUACAGUUGGAUCUCAUCUCUUAUUGAACAUCAGAGAACACACACUGGAGAGAACCCCUAUGAAUGCAAUGACUGUGGAAAAGUGUUCAGUCGAAGCUCAUCCCUUGCUGAACAUCAGAGAAUCCACACUGGAGAAAAGCCCCAUGAGUGUAGAGUGUGUGGCAAGGGCUUUAGUCGGAGCUCCUCCCUUAUUAUUCACCAGAGAACUCAUACCGGAGAGAAGCCUUUCAAGUGUAAUAGCUGUGAGAAAGCCUUCAGUCAAAGUUCAACUCUUAUUAGACAUCAGCAACUUCACACUAAAGAGUAAUAUCUGAGUUUUCACUAAUCUUGGCAUAAGAGCACAUAGCAUAACCUCCUAUAGCUGAAGAGAAACAUAUACUUGUAUGAAUUUUCCUUUCCCACUAGCUAUAAGCCAGUUUCAAGCUGGCCAUCCUUCCUUUGUGGAAACUAAGUGGUUAAAUGAGUGAUCAUUCCAACAAGGGCGGAUAAACUUUAAAAACCUUAAGAUAUUCAAUCUAAUAUUUUGGAGGGCUCCAGUCUUAGAAUAUACCUUUACUACCUUACACCUUUCAGUCCUUCACCUUAUCUCUUCCGUGGAGCUUUGGUCCCUGAACAACCAGUGAACCCUUUUCUUUCCCAACCACAUCAGCCCCUUUACUUAAAAGAGGAAAUCCUGCGUGUGGAUGUUUCCAGGCUUGCUGGCUCUAGUAGCAGAAGAGAAGCUGGCUUCAGAACAAAAAUCUACCCAUUAGUUUGGGGAUAACAAUAAUAAGGCGAGUUCAGUCUCUGGACUUAAAGGACAGUUUUUCUUUUCCUUCCUCCCUCACCAUUUUUGGCUAUACCAUAUUUUCCUCAAAGUAUAAUCCAUAGUUCUACUAACGUGCCUAAUUAAUCCUAGUAUUAUUUUAUCUUAUCCUGACCAAAAAUGUCCUAAAAAUCUUAUAUUUAGUUCCUACAUUAUCUUUUUUUUUUUUAAAAAAUGCUGCCCUAUAUUAAAAACAUUUUUUGUUUACAGACUUCAUGAAAUGUGUACCCUCUGGUUCUGACUCUCACCAAUCUUGUAAAGCUGAUCUAUCGAGGACAAAUGCAGUACCUACCUCUCAGUCCUUUUCCUACUUGACAUUUGCAGAAUUGGCACUUUGGGCUACUCUUAUGCCUUAAAAUUUGAGCCUCUGGAAUCCAUGAUUCUGUGCUGAUCCAUGAAUUUUUCUACCUCCCAGCACUUCUCUGAUUAACAGUGAUUAGCUCUGUGACUUUGGGGCAAGAGUUGAACCAGAAUAAUUUCAUUUUAUUGGCUUAUAAUACUUAUGGUUAUUCAAUUAGAUUAUAAGCUUCUUAAGACAGUAAUCUUAUUUUAGAUCCCUACAAAACAUCCGGCAGUGCUGAGUGGUCACUAAAUGCCCCAUAAUUAUUGCUUACUGAUUCUUCUCCAUCAUGGGUAAUCAGCCUGCUAGGGUUUAUUUGAAAUGGCUUAAUAGUUGAUUUCUUUCUCUGUGUUCCUACUGCUGCUGCCAACUCCUUGGUAGUUUGGACCUAGAUUACCAGAGUGAACACACUGUUGCUGCUCUUAUCUCUGUGUCUUUAGCUAGCUGUUUUACUAAACUAUCACUUAGCUCAGAAAGAAUCUAGUUUCCCAUUGUCCCCAGGAAAAAGUUCAAACUGCUUUAACUUGAAGACCUUCCACAGUUGGAUCUAUUUAUUUAUUUUCCAUUACUUCCCAGUACAACUGGGCGGCCCUACCCUUUAUCUCUGUCACACCCUUUCUCUUCACACUUGGCUUCCUUUCAGAUCAUUCCAUGGCAUUCUUUUACAUGUCCUACUUUCUUCCUUGUAUUAACAUCUCCAGAAAUCUUUUAUAAAAGCCCUUCUCACAUCCUGCCUUCACUGUGAUACUUUCAAUUGCCCACCUUCUUAAGAAGUCUUUUAUAGUGAUGGUUUGCAUCAUUCUGCCGUAUUACAUACUUUCUUAUUCUGUUAUCUGGUUCUGUCAAGUGCUUUUGAUCCAUGAACUUUUUUGAAGUUAGAAAUUGUCUUAAAUCUUUUAGGAGCCCCAUCUACCCAACAAAUGGAUUCUAGUUUUAACUUAAAUUGAAAGGGUUUAAUUUAAUGGUGCAUUUGCUUUAAUCUUUUGAAUGGUGAGAUAACCUCAUGAAUCUUUUGGUCAUUUUUGUGUGAUCUUUAAUUAUGUACAUUAAGCCUUGGGACUGGCUCUCCUUCAGAGUUCCUAGGAUGUUGGCCUCUUAGCUUUCCACUUCAUGAGAGGUGGGUUUAUUCAUAUAAAGUAAUGAAAACAGUGCCUGACAUAAUAAGUGCUCAAUAAAUGCUAAUAGUUAUCAUUCUA